UUUCGCUUUAAAGAACUGUUUAUGUUGUCGGAAAAGCACGCAUGUUUAACUUUUCUUGAACAAUGCGUUUUCUUGGAUAUUUACUGUUAGUUGCUUCGUGGACCUUUGUAUCCGGAGAUGUAUUUCUUUUUGAUUGUUCAGAGGACACGACUGGGGCUGAGCUCGAGAUUCGCGAGGUGGACCCUGUAGGAACGGUGGUAGCCCGUGUGAGCGGAAGUGAUGGCGUUCUUCAGUGGUCCGCCAUCCUCGGAGGCUCUCGAAGCACCUACCUUACCCAAUUCUUUACAUCACCAAAAUUUUCGACAAUGACCACCCCCGAAAAUGCAGCCGCCUCCCUAACCAUUGCUCGGAAAGUGGACCUGGAGCUGCUGGAAUAUGAGAUUCCAAAUUUUUGGGAGUACAGUAGAAGCAACGGGGACCUGACCUUCGACCUUGAGAUCACGUGUAUCGCUGAGGACACGCCAAGGCGUCACAAUGUGCACGUGGCGGUUCUGGCCGUGAACGAGUUCUACCCACAAUUCCUCCGCGCACCCUACCAGAUGGCAGUCUCGGAGGCUGUAGAACCGGGGGCUGAGCUUUUUUCUCUGACGUCACUGGUGACGGACAUGGACGCCGGGGACUCAAACUUCACCUUCGCCAUUAAGCCUUACAUGAUCUCACAGUUUGAUGGAUCACGGUACGUCACAAUCAGUGAAAGCGGUGACGUUACUCUGUUAGAGCCGUUGGACUUUGAACUACUUCCGGUGGGCAGAAACUACAUGUUCGUCAACGUGACCGUCACAGAUGACGGCGGUCUUCUGACGUCAACAUCUAUCAACCUGACCGUGUUGGACGCCAACGACCAGGGGGUGGAGCUAGUUUACCCCGGGUGUCCUCAGCCCUGCCUGGAGGCCAACUACUCAGCAGAUGUUAACGUCUCAUAUAUUGGGGAAGUGUCGCUCCUUCCGGUUCCUCUGACGGCCAUGGAUCUGGACGCGCUAAACGAGUCUGUCAUUUACACCCUCGACACUGAUGAGGCUGCUAACUUCUUCCGGAUGGACGAGAGGACGGGGCGCCUCUACAAGACGGCCGUCCUGGAGAAUGAUACGCUCGGACCACGUUUUGUUCUGAAUGUGCGGGUGGAGGAAGCGAGCGAGAGCAGCCACUUCCUGUUGACGACUGUCACCAUUCUCGUGCCUGAGCGCCUGGCGGCCGCAAGUAUGUGCACGCGUCUUUAUUAGUUUGUUGUUGAUUUUUAGUUAAAUUGACUUACGUAUCUUAUGUUUAUUAUAAUUAUAGAAAUAUGUACGUAUGCUUCUUAACCUCUUCUACCAAA